AUGAGCAACCAAGUUCACCUAAGCCGAACCAAACUAUCGAUUCUAUCGAUCCCAAGAGAUAAAGUUUGGCUAUUUACGGCCCCAAUCCUCAAGUUGUUAAAGCAGGAGUCACUGAAAAACUCCCCUGGUCUUGGACAGGAAAGUGAAUCUGAACUCGACUCUGAUGAUGACUUGUCGCAUUCCGAGUUGAGUGAUGAUUCUUCUAAUUCAGCAAUAAGCGAUGUUGUGGCUUCUCAAGAGAACUUGGCUCGGCAGAAGUCUGAUAACGGGGUGGAUAACAGCAGUAAGCACGCACAUAUUGCUCCUCCUCCUGUCGAGAAUGAGGUUGAAUCCUCGGACGACGAAGACGAAGAGACCAUCUUCUUUCAUUUCGCUUUGACGCCUAACGAGUGUACCGUCAUCUGCUCCUCCACAGUCUUUCAGGAAACUUUCCGUGAACUGUUGAUGGUGUGCCAGAAGUUGAGCUAUGAUGAUGUGGUGGCCGCCGACAGACAAUUCAUCAAUCUUCAAGUGGAUAGUGAUGGCGAAUCCAACAACUCUUCACGAAUUUUGGAACUAACGCGACCUCUUUCAGAAAAUGGUAUCCCUUUAUUUUUUCUAUCAAGUCAUUUCACUGAUAUUGUCUUGAUACCGCAUAACCACAAGGAUGAGGUGGUAAGAAUUCUUACAAGCAAGUCGUUUGAGUUCUCCGAUGUCUCGAACAGCUAUUUUGUUAAAACUGAAGCGGAGAACGCCAGCGAAAGUGAAGACCAAACUACUAGUACUCUGGAACUUGAAGACAAAACUCUUCUGCUAUUUCAAGAGAACGGCAUCCACCCCAAAAUCAGCAAAAGUAAGAAACUUCUACUAACGGGCGCCCGACCCGGUAAAGUGAAGGAUGCAAUCGAGAAGGCUGCGAUGUGCAUUGGAUCAGGAUUUCUUCCAGACUAUUUUGUGAUGACACGAACGUCACUCAACGAGCUUUCGCUCAUACUACCGGGCUCAGCUCGCAAGCGUGCUGCCAUGGGCUUUGACUUCAAAUCAAUCAUUGGCUCUGCACAAGAUAUCAUUCUUCCCAUCGACAUCGACUUACGAGCCCUUCCUCUUGACUUGACCGGUAUUGUUGCAGGUCUUGCCAGUCGUAUCCUCAGCUCAUGCGAGGCAAGCAUAGAGAUGAGCUAUUUAUCAAUGGCACGGUCAGGUGUGGUGAUGAUUCCUGAAGAGAAUUUGAGUUGCGUCGCUCAGGUUGUUAAAAGUAUCAAUUACGGGCCAUAA